CUGCUCCUCUAAACAACAUCCAGGAAGCCCAGAGACAUGGAGAUAAAGAACUACAGCAGCAGCACUUCAGGCUUCAUCCUUCUGGGCCUCUCCUCCAACCCUCAGCUGCAGAAGCCUCUUUUUGCCAUCUUCUUCACCAUGUACCUCGUCACCAUGGUGGGGAAUGUGCUCAUCAUUCUAGCCAUACAUUCUGACUCCAGGCUUCAUACUCCUAUGUACUUUUUCCUCAGCAACUUGUCCUUCAUGGAUAUCUGCUUCACAACAGUCAUUGUGCCCAAGAUGCUAGUGAAUUUACUAUCAGAGGAAAAAACUAUCUCCUACGUGGGCUGCCUGAUCCAGAUGUACUUCUCUAUGGCCUUCGGGAACACUGAUAGCUAUCUGCUGGCAUCCAUGGCCAUAGACCGACUGGUGGCCAUCUGCAACCCCUUUCGUUAUGAUGUGGUCAUGAGCCCACAGCGUUGUCUUCUCAUGUUACUGGGUUCUUGCACCAUAUCUCAUCUGCACUCCUUGCUCCGGGUGCUGCUCAUGUCUCGUCUGUCUUUCUGUGCCUCUCAUGUCAUUAAGCACUUUUUUUGUGACACUCAGCCUGUACUAAAGCUGUCCUGCUCUGACACCUCCUCCAGCCAGAUUGUGGUCAUGACUGAGACCCUGGCUGUCAUUGUGACACCUUUCUUGUGCAUACUCUUCUCCUACAUACGGAUUAUCAUUGCUGUGCUCAGAAUCCCCUCCGCAACUAGGAAGUGGAAGGCCUUCUCCACCUGUGGCUCCCACCUCACUGUAGUAGCCCUGUUCUAUGGGAGUGUCAUCUAUGUUUAUUUUAGGCCCCUGUCCAUGUACUCAGUAGUGAAGGACCGAGUAGCCACAGUUACAUACACUGUGGUGACACCCAUGUUGAACCCUUUCAUCUAUAGCCUGAGGAACAAGGAUAUGAAGAGAGGUUUGGGAAAGUUAAGGGACAGAAUUCACUCAUAGAACAACAAGAUGAUGGAAUGUCAAAUUUGGGAGAUGACCUAAGAGACUGUCAGGUUAUCCUUCCCUCUUUAGCUAUUAUCCACAUAGCAUCCAAGGAUGUCAUGAGAAGUGGUAUUGGAUAGCAGUAGAAACAUUGGCCUGGAGUCAGAACACUUGGCUUUUAUCUAUAACUUUGACCAAAUAUAUGUUCAGUCAGAGACUUGGUACUGCUAGGAAUCAGAUUUCAGGAAAAUAAUUGAUUAACACCAGGUAGUAGAAUACAGCUAUCCCUCAAAUAACUUUUCUGUAAAAUCGUCUGUGGCCAGUACUAAAGAAGAAUAAACUGUGUGGGAUUUAGAGAACUGGGAAAAACUUCUUGGAGCAAGAUACCUAAGAUCAUCAUCCUGAAAGACAGACUAAAUUUUCAGAGACAAGGGACAAGAAAUGACGAAGUGGGCAGAAUAUUUCAAAUAGCAGAAACCACCUGAGGAGGUAGAGGCAUCGAAUGUUGGAAUAUAUUUGAGCUACUUUGAAAAGACCUGUGAGGCUACAGUCUUCUGAACAAUUUGAUAACGGGGAGAAUAAGGCUGGCAAGAUUAAAUAAUUUACAAAGCUGACUUGCCCUCCCUGCCACUUCCCCAUCACAGAGUGAUUACAGAGUGCAUUCUCAGUACCUGUCUCCUUCUCCCCUCUCCCUUAAUUCAUCCUUUCUCCAGAUGACCAGUGCACUCACUGACCUGCCCUUUAUAUCCUGGAAGGAGCAAUACAUCUGUCAAGGUGAGCUAGAGGAUGAUGUGGAAACAACCAGCCUCAAAAUCUUAGGAUCUUAACACCAAAGGUUUACUUUUCAUUGCUUGUUCUUCACCAAAAAGUGUAAGUGUGCUGCUCAUUUUAGACAUUCAGGACCUAAACUUAUGGAGCGGCCCCUAUACUAAACAUUGCUAAUAACUCUGUCAGAAGGUGAGGAAGACCCUUGAAGAUUUUAUACUGACACUUCUGGUUCAGAGUGCCCCACACCACUUGUGCCCACAACUUAUUGUUCACACCUAAUCUGAUUACCCCACCCAACCACAAGGGAGCCAGGAAGCACAGUCCAAAUAUGUGCAUUGUUGAAACAUCUCAAUUGGUAUUCUGUCAAUUCAUGGAGUCUUGUUUUUUGCCAUUGCUUUCAAUGUAGCUUAGAAUCCUUCCGUCAAUACCAUCAGUUCUUGUUCUUGAUC